CUCUAAAAACAACUUCACAGGUAUUCUGAUACACCGGUGGCUUUCUCCUCAUCUCGUUGACAGUCCUUUACAAAAAAAAAUUGCAAAACUGAAAAUUUUCCAGCAAAAGGACCUGAACAAGCGAGGAAAAAUGUCAAACAACCUAUCCAAAGUGCCUGGACAUAAUUCAGAAAAAAUUCUGGAGGCGGCCAGUGCCACGCUCUUAGGGCACAUCUUCGCGAGUCAUCCAGAGUGGGAUUUUCUAGCAACUCCUCUUUUGCGGGUUCUUGAUGAUGCCCUCCUAAGAGAGCAGCAGUGGGAGACUCGGAUCGAUCGCCGCAUCUUCGAGAAGGAAAUUCAAUUGAUGGGAAAUCUCGUCAAUAUCAAGGAGAAACCAGCUGAGACUACUCCCACCUUCGGCAAACUGUCAUACAACGGAUGUGUCCACUCGUGUAGUAUUUGGCUAGAUUACAAAAUGGAAUUUCAUUUCCUCGCUGGAUUACGCUCUGCCCACAAGGUGUAUGAAGCUCACAACUGGAAGAGGGAUACGACCUCUCAGGACAAUGAUCCUCGUUCCAUCAUGCUUAGGCAGAUCCUUGAUCGUCAAAAAGGCGGAACCACUUUCAAUCAACAAUUUGCCUGGAGGGAAGCUUUCGAGUUCGAGGACCCAAAGACGAUCAUGACUGGAACCAAACGCAAGCACCAGGACGACUAGAAUAAUUAUAAGAAAUAAUCAUUGCCUUAAUUUCAGUUUUGUUAUUCAUCGAGGCAUUUAGAAAUUCACGAUAUUCAGAGGAAAUGCCAAAAAACAGUUGCCGAAAUAUUCUUCAAUAUUUUCCGAUUUUAGGCAUGUAUGAAAUUCUGCUUUUUUUUUCUUGGUGUUGAAUUUGUUCAACCUUAAUUACAUGCCUUUUACAUCAGAUCAUUUGAGAAUUGUUGUAAUGUUUUUUUUUUUA